GUAACAGGGAAACAGGGGUAUUUCAUCAUCGCGGGAUCUCAGGAACUCUCCAGGAACUUCUUCAUCUCUUCCAGGCCGAUUGAGCUGCACAGACGUUUCCACAUGGCUUCAGACAACAAUGACUGCUUUGCUGGAUUUUGCCCGGAGUUCCGGUCAUUCGCCACGGACGCGAUUCACGCCGGUCAGGAACCUGAGCAGUGGAGCUCCAUGGCGGUGGUGCCUCCGAUUUCACUGUCCACUACCUUCAAACAGUUCGCUCCUGGAAAACACGCCGGUUAUGAGUACAGCCGGAGUGGGAAUCCCACACGGAACUGUCUAGAAAAAGCUGUCGCUGCUCUGGACGGAGCUCAGAACUGUGUUGCUCUGGCCUCAGGAUUAGCCGCUACGAUGACCAUUGUGCACAUGCUGAAGGCUGGAGACGGGAUCAUCUGCAUGAACGAUGUCUACGGUGGAACCAAUCGAUAUUUUAAAAAAAUAGCUGCAGAGAUCGGAUACGACAUCUCCUUCGCCGACUGCACCAAGGUGGAAGAGUUGAAAGCAGCUCUGAAGCCCAACACAAAGCUGCUGUGGAUUGAAACUCCAACGAAUCCGACCAUGAAGGUUGUGGACAUUAAAUCGUGCUCAGAAAUCGCACACGGGUACAACAAGGACAUCAUCGUGGUUGUGGACAACACCUUCAUGUCGGCGUACUUCCAGCGCCCCCUGGCUUUGGGAGCAGACAUGUGCAUGUACUCAGCCACAAAGUACAUGAACGGCCACAGUGAUGUCGUCAUGGGGCUGAUCUCUGUUAACCGCACAGACCUGUAUGAAAAAAUGAAGUAUUUGCAGAACGCUCUGGGGGGCGUCCCAUCCCCAUUCGACUGCUACUUGUGUAAUCGAGGACUAAAGACUCUGCAUCUGAGAAUGAAGCAGCACUUCAGGAACGCGCUGGCGGCUGCCAAGUUCCUCGAGGCUGAUCCCAGGGUGGACAAAGUCAUUUUCCCAGGUCUGCCGUCUCACCCGCAGUACGAGCUGAUGAAGAGACAGUGCACAGGCUGCCCCGGGAUGAUCACCUUCUACAUUAAAGGCAAACUGGAGCAUGCCACUGCUUUCCUCAACAACCUGAAGUUGUUUGCUCUUGCUGAAAGUCUCGGAGGCUACGAGAGUCUGGCUGAGCAUCCAGCGAUUAUGACUCAUGCCUCGGUGUCAGAAGAGCAGAGGAUGGAGCUGGGAAUCACAGACACGCUGAUUCGUCUCUCUGUGGGACUGGAGGGUGAGGAGGACAUUAUCGCAGACCUGGAUCAAGCUCUCGGUGCUGCUCAUAAAAAGAAUUAAUCUCUCCACCGAGGGGCUGGAGCCAUGACGACUUUUCAUCAGAGCAUAUGACACACCUUUAUCUUUAUUUUGGCACAUAAUUUUUUCUGUUCUUUUCUUUUUAAGCACAGUGAUGCAGAUAAGCAAAGUCACUUUUAAUUUCAGGGAACAAACAGGACACAAAUCCGUGCUUUUCCACACGUCAGGGUUGUGUUUUUCAGGUGAAAUGUCAUGGAGUGCCAUCGUGUUUUGAUACUUGAUUUUUAAAUCCUUUUUAUUACUGCUGUAUAAAGUAGAUCGAUGGUUAGUGGGAUCUGUAGAUCCAGUGUUGGAGAUCUGAAACGAAGCGCUGUAUGGAACUGUGAACAUGACAAGGGUUAGAAAAGGAAUUUGUAACUGAUACUGCUGCUGUAUUUCUAUCCUUGUGCUGUUUAUGAGGGAUUGAAGUGUGUGUGUGUGUGUGAGUGAGCAAAACAAUUCAGGCCCAUUCAAACCCACUGAUCUGUAAAGGCUGAUCUACAACACCUCUCUCUCUCUACACUGUAUGAAAUGAUGAUGCUCUGUAUCACAGUUUACAUGAACAAAAUGUCUAAGCCAUAUUUUUUUUAAACAAUGCUGUGAUUUGUCGUCUGUGCUGCACGACCCAUUAAAACCCCCGUGUAAUGUA